GCAAGUUGGGAUGGUCCACUUCCAUUCUCUACUUCAACAUGGCGUUUGCUGCUUCUGAAGUCUUGGUGUCCUUCGCGUCUCUCAGCUGUAUAGUUUUCUGCGUUGUGCUCAAACUACCUCAAAUCGGCGCCAUAUGGUCUUCCAAGAGCGCAAGGGGCGUUAGUUUGCAAAGUACUCUGCUAGAAUGGUUUUGCUAUGCAGUCAUGAUGUGCUACCAUUUUGUGAAUGAAUAUCCCCUCAGUACCUAUGCAGAAUACCUCUUCCUAAAUAUGCAAGACAUGGUUCUUGUCUUGAUCAUCCUGCACUUUGGAGACAGACCUAUGAUGGAGGCCUUACUUUACAUUACAGGAUAUGUUGCUAUUGUUUUGGUGCUCUCAACCUCUUCAGCAGUUUCCAAUAUCAUGAUUAGUUUGGUGCUUCCACUGUCCAUGACCAGUAAGCUGAUCCAGCUGCGAGCCUUGUGGGCCAGUCGUGAUGCCAGCAGUGUCAGCUCAACCACAUGGUUUAUAGCCUUCUACAGUUGUGUAGCUCGGAUUUUCACAACCAUUGUGCAAACAGGAGACAUUCCUGUUCUUCUGACGCAGUCUAUCAGUUCUGUGCUGAACUGCACUAUCGGCCUGAGUGUCGUGUAUUUGCAAGCACUGAAGACACCUGCCAAGAGGGAGAAACGUGCAUAAAGAUGGCCAACAAAUGAAGACUGCACAGGAGAUUGAAAUGUUAAUCAAGUGUGUAUAGUUGAAUUAAAGGACAAAAUAUGGUAACAGGGCUCGAAAUUGAUUUUUUUGGAUUGGGUGCACUGGUGCACUUAAUCUAAAAAAUUGGGUGACCACAAAAGAUAAAGUAGAAUUUCAGAAAACAAACAAACUACUAGUACAAUGCAUUUUUGUUCAUAACUAAGAAAACUUGAUAACUAUUGCAGGCACAUGCUCUAUCUUGUGAGCCUCUGGUUAUGGUGUUUCAUCUGGUUCAGCCACUGCAGAGGAUGGUGUUCCAUCAUGAUGACAAACUUCCUCCCGAUUAGGUAGUAGUGGAGUGUCUCGACCGCAUACUUGAUUACCAGACACUCCUUCUCAGGAGUAGUUCCCUUCACGGGGUAGUAACUUCCGGCUCACAUACACCACAGGGAGGUCCUGGCUAUCUGUGUCAGCACUGCUCCAAUCUCUGUUAGGAUGAAAGUCUUCUCAAAGUAAGGUCUCAUCAACACUGGCUCUUGGCACAAGCUAUCGACAAUCGGUCUACUUACUCAGUUCCCCGGAUGUAGUAAUCUGCCUUUCUUGCAUGGAUCCUCACCUACUGUCUUUCCUUCAUUGAACAUCCCACUUCUGACACCACGUGUGAGAAGGUGGAGUCUUGAAGUAUGCUUCCAACUCUAUUAAAUCUAUUCAACCAAAACAGUGACGCCAUCACACCUGUUGCACUCACAGAAAAAAUUGGUUCCAAUUUUGGGUGCACCAAGGUGCACAUGCACCCAGUAUUUCGAGCCCUGUCAGGUAACACAGCCAAUAAGGCAUUCAUUCCUGUAUUCUAGACAUGAAGUAAAAGUGACACAAGUGUAGACUGGUAAUCACUAACAAAGUUGGUAACCACACUCAUGGCUUUUAUAUCAUUGCCACUGGUACAACUAUUAAACUAGUUUCACUAGUACAGUCUUGGGUACCUUGUGAGUGUCACUUCCACAAGUACAAUGUACAAUCAUUAGGCUACAACACAACUACAGCUCAUUUUUCGGAAUUUUUCAACAUGUGGACCAUCUCAAAAGAAGAAAAAUUCUUGUUUUUUUUUUCUGAAAUCAGGCAAAAAUUAAUGAGCGUGUAGAUGUCAUCCAUAAAAUUCACUUGCUGUGGCCCAUUAUGCUUUCUUUAACUCGGAAUAUGGUCAGCUACUUGUAAGUUAUGACAAAAGGUGCAUAUUCUGCCAAUUUAGGUGUCUUUGAAAAAUCAAAGCACACUGAAGUUAUUUUCUUUUAAUCUUUGGACUCUCUGAUGCAACAUCCUGCCAAAAUGGUCUUUUAAAACUUAAACUGAGGAUUCAAAGUCUGUGACAUCAUUGAAGGAAGAAGUGAAACAUGAAUUUUGUUUGAUAUCUACAUUGUAGUAAGUCUUUCAGCUGUUCUUGCUGUUGUGUCUUUUAAAAUAGGCUUAAGAAUCAACUUGAUGCCAGCUGGACUUUGAUUACUCGUUUGUUUAGGUCCUGGAUAAUAUGGGGGGAAAACUUCUUUACAAUGUACAUUGUAUGUCAUACAUGUAGAAUAUACAAAUCUCAUUAUCAUUACAAUCUACUGAUACCUUUGCAAGUAAGAAUGAAUGAAUGGAGCAUAAACUUAUGUUACAAUAUUGCUUGUUGUUUACAUUGUAAGGGAGUAGAUUUGAAAUGAAAUAUUUUUCAGGAAUGAAUGUGAUGACA